AUGCGCCAGCGAAUCACCUUCAUCCACAAGCCCGCUGACGGGGUUGCCUUCGAGGCACUUGAGAUUAGCGAUGCCGGCGUCAAAGGCCCGCAGAUUAAGGCCGUUCGUGAGGACAGAGUUACCUUUGCUCUUGAUGAACUUCCAUCAGAGUUAUCGCAGCUUCUGAGUGAGGGGCAUGAGCUGCACAUCCGAUGGGUCAGCCCUGAGUCCUACGGAACCAUCAGUCCCUUGAGCUCAAGGGUAUCACCGGGUUUUCACUUGUUUUAUACGCCAAAAAAGGAGGGACAAUGGGAUGCGUUUUCUCACUCUGCAGCCCUUCAAUAUUACGAGCCUUUAGAAGACCUCACAAAACUCGUCCAGUAUACAUCUGGUACUCUCUGUCCCGCAUCAAACACGGAUUGCAAGUCCCGCGCGGAGGAUCUCAAGACAGCAUCAUCGCUUGACAUUUCUUACGACACUAUCUCACACGCCCUCAAAGUGACGGCUCAAUGGCCUUAUGGCGCUCACGGGAUAUCCGUCGCCUCAACCCCCAACCACAGGACGGAGGUCGGCGUUCUCACCCUCGACUCCUCUUCCAAACCUGAGCCGCACGAGAUCGGUAUGACUGGCGGUCUCACCGUCCUCGGCGAACACACCAAGCCUUCCCCAGUUCUAUUUAACGUACCCGCACGCCACCGCCACCAUGCCGAGACUGUCCCAGGUUCUUCUUUCUCGGCGACCUUCCUCAAGCUAACGGGCUUGCAUCCUACGCUGCAGCUCACGGUCAGCUCCGCCCGCCCGCCCGUUGACGAUGCCUACUGUGCCAUCCAUGCACACUUUACGCUGCCCAAGACCAUCUUCGCGGACCGAUACCAGCUGGCCGAUGAUCUCUUCCUCAAGUCGAAGAAUUUGACGGCCUUGCGUUACUCCAGCUCGCCUGUGGACUUGGAGGCGCCGGCAUACGCAACUAAACCAUGGGGUUCGGGCGUGCUGCUCGAGCUCGCACCGCCUACGACAGGGAAGGACGAGGGGUGGACAGCCGAGGUCCCCCUACACCUGCGGUACCUGGAACCCGCCAACGGCGGCUACACAGAUGUCGAAAUUCCCUACCCGGCCGUGUUCUGGGCUUGCUCUUCUGAAGAAGGAACCAAAUUCCCCAGCAGCCCAUUUGAAAGGGUAAACCUAGGUUACGAUGCACUAUUUGGGCCACGAACAGUGUUCUGGCACGUCGAACCGCGGCCGGUUGGAGCUUCGGAGGCGGGUAGUCGGCUUACGAGCUCCGUGCGCGUGCCGGUACUGGAAGCCGGCCAGGCGGAGUGGGUUCGGAUUGGAACCGCGGGCGCGGUGAUGGUGGGCUUCGCAUGGGUUCUGUGGAGGCUCGUAGCGGCGUAUUCCCGGACCGGGUAUGGAAGGGAUGCCAAGGCUGCCGAGAAGAAGACGCAUUUGCGGAAUCGCCCCGAGAUACAGUGUGUGCCGGAUCUGCACGGUAACCCGGAUGUGGCGGAGCCGCGCCCACUGACGCGGCGCAGUUGGUCUCGUAGUCAGCAUCGUCCGACAGCUUUAACGUCAGGUCCUUGGCGGGAGAGAUUCUCUCACUGUGCCACAUUGAACUUCGAUGAGGCUCUUACUGCAUCAUACACCGUGGCCAUGAUUGCUGUUGUCGUUGCCUUCGUUGCGUUCGUCGUCUUCUUCUCCGAUCCCAUCGCCCGGCUAUUGUCCCCAUCCGGAAGCCGUAUCGUCCGCACGCCUCGGCCGCCAAUUAAUGAAUCACUCCUCGCCAUCGAACAACCUAAUGCCACCGCACUGUCAUGUCCACCCGAUUCGUACGCGGUGCAUAUCUUUUCCAAAGAGCCGUUAGUCUUAUACAUUGAGGGCUUCCUCACACCGGAGGAGCGAUUGCAUCUUCUAGACGUUAGCCAGCCCAUUUUCGAGCCAUCGACCAUCACCCAUGAUGGUGCCGGCGUGCAUCGUGACACCUCCAUCAGGGAGUCUGAGGUAGCCUUGAUACCUCGCACCGAUAGCGUUAGAUGUGUCGAAGCCCGAGCCCGGUCCCUGCAGGGCUGGCGAGAGGAGCUAUGGAUUGAGCGCCUAAGGACUCAGCGGUAUCACGAGGGGGGGCACUACUCGUACCACUUCGACUGGAGCUCCAACCGUGGGGGAUGGGGCCGUGUGAGCAGCAUGAUGGCUUGGGUUGACGCACGUGGUGACGAAGAUGGCGAGGAGUUAAUUGGAGGUGGAACGGAGUUUCCUCUGCUGCAUGUACCGGGGCAGAAGGAACGGUGGUGCCGGUUUUUGGAGUGUGACACCGACAACAAGAAGGAGAGCUACCACGCGGAUGCAGAGUCGAACGAAGAGGCUGGCAAGGGCGUUAUCUUCAAGCCUGUACCUGGAAAUGCCGUGUAUUGGGAGAACUUCCGUGCUGAUGGAAGCGGCGCUGGUUAUGAAGAGACGUGGCAUGCAGGUUUACCUGUUAAGAAGGGCGUUAAAGUUGGACUAAACAUCUGGAGUACGGGAAGGAUAGAUUAG